AUGAGUGAACAAAAGAUGAGAGACAUGCAGGCUAGGGGAGGAAUGCCUCAGUUCAUGCCUCCACAAUUCGGUAUGCACCCUGGACUCAUGCCACCACCUAAUAUGAUGCCUCCACCAGGUCAGUUUGAUCAUCCUGCACCAACAACAUCAUCAUCAGCAGAUGCCACCAAAUGGCCCACCACCUCAUUGGGAAGGAGGCCCUCCUCAUGGCAUGUCCCAUCAUGGUAUGCCACCCCAGCAUGGUAUGCCUCCACCUCAUCAUGGCAUGCCUCCUCAGCAUGGAAUGCCGCCUCAGCAUGGAAUGCCUCCUCCACAUCAUCACGGAAUGCAACCAAACAACAUCCAAUCCUAAGCAAGCACAGGUGUCCAUUAAGUUUGGACAUAUACAUAUCAAUAAUCGAUCGAAUGAAUGAGUCAGGUGAGCGAGGGAUCGAGUGA